AUGUCUGCGAUUUCGGGGCCUAUGCCCAUCACGGCCCCUACGGAGCUGGUAUAUGAGAACGUAGCAUCACCCGAAGAGCUACGCAAGAUGGAUGAAGCCGGAACCCACCCUGGUAUCCGUCAACGACAGUGGGGACUAGAAGCCCGUCUCGACCCAACUGUCACUUUUGAAGAAUUCACAUACUGGGCCAAGAUCGAGCGCGAGCUAGAAGACCAGGAAAGUCGCAACUACAAACCUGUCGAAUCGGGCGGUAUCUUGGGAUCCAUCAAAGGCUACUUCAUCAAGGCCCCCUACGAGGAUGCUACAGUCCACAACUCGCGUGAGCUACAGCUUCAUGAAGAACCCUCAAGAUGGAACGAAAAGCAGGCGACCAUAGGUGUCGACGGCGAAAAGGGUACAAUGAGCCCCAUCGCACCAUCUGAAAGCGACGACCUCGACGCCGAAUGGCGAACUGCCGCCAGAGCCCUGCGCAACGCUGGCUGGGGAGCCAUUUUCUACUUGAUCACAACCGAUAUCUUGGGCUGGAGUCAGACACCCUACGUGUUCGCCAACACUGGUUACGGGCUGGGCGUGGGCAUCUUUCUCUUGAUGGGUAUUGCUGCCUUCGCUUCUGGAAUCAUGAUCUGGCGGACCUUCCUUGCUCUUGACUCGUCCCGGUACCCGGUGAUGAGCUUUGGUGAUCCCUUCUUCCGUCUCUAUGGCCCAACUAUGCGCCACUUUAUCAACUUCAUGCAGUCUCUGCAGCAGUUUUUGAGUGUUGCCAUUGUUCUCCUUGGAAAUACAGGUAUCAUUGCUCAGCUGGCUGGAAGCGUCAAUCUUUGCUUCGUCGUAUGCGGUGUCAUCUCCCUCGUCGUUGGUAUGGCGAGUGGAUAUAUGCGGUCGCUUAAGCACCUUGGUUGGUUCUGCAAUUUCUCCGUGUGGAUUAACAUUGUCACCUUUAUCAUUAUUUGUGUCGCUGCGGCCAAAUAUGGCCCUGACCCUACUGCUGCUGUGAACAACGGUAUUUUACCCAAGGCGUGGGCCGACGUAUCGACAAUGGCUCCUGUCAAAACAUUCGUCAACACCCCACCUGCUUUAUAUCAGCCUACUGAUAGCAACCUGUUUGCUGCUCAGUUCAAUGGCAUUAACAGCAUGGUUUAUGCCUACUCCGGUGCUGUCUUGUUUGUCGCUUUCUUGUCAGAAAUGCGACGCCCUAACGACUUUUGGAAAGGAUUGCUCCUGGCGCAGACUUUCAUCACAGUUGUCUAUAUCUUUUUCGGUGCUUUUGUUUACAACUAUUACGGCCAAUACAGCUACAGUAACGUCAAUCAGUCCGUCAACCCAGAGAACCUCCAAGUUGUUGGCAAUGUCCUUUCUCUCAUGACGGGAUGGCUCGCCGUCUUCUUGUACUUCAAUGUCGGCAUGAAGACCCUCUACCUCGAGAUCGGCCAAGAAAUCUUCCACCUGCCCCCUAUCGCAUCGAAAAAGGGCAAGUUCUGUUGGUGGGGCCUCGGACCACUCUACUGGAUCCUGGCCUUCGUAGUGUCCAUGUCCAUUCCCGAAUUUGGAGCUUUCACCAAUUUCGUCGGCGGCCUCUUCGGCCUGAACUUCACAUACUCCUUCUCUGGAGUCAUGUAUCUGGCUUACAAGAUCCAAGACGGUGCCAGACUUCCAGGCGAAGGCUUCAACCCUGCUACUGGUGAGACCAUCCGGCUCGAUAGUGGAAUGAAGAGAUGGGCUCGAGGGUUCAUGAAGACCUGGUACCUCAGCGUGCCGGUCUUGAUCUACGUUGGUUGUGGUCUUGCUUCAUCCGGUAUGGGCACUUGGGCUGCUGUGUCGGCGCUUGAGGCCGCCUUUGGUCCUGGUGGCUCAUUGGUUACCUCUUGGACUUGCGUUAACCCGUAUUACACUGGUUGA